AUGUUAUCUGUGAUCCGAAAAGCUUUUUUACCUAUUGCCACGCGUGCGUUCUCUACCCUUGCAGAAAAUAUUAUUGUGGGGAACAAAACGUAUCGAUUCAGUAAGCCUCCACCACGAGAGAUUGAUUAA